AUGAAAACAAAGCCAGACUCACCGGUGUCCAUAUUGGAUCCCUCCCUCCUGCUGCGUCCGGAGAAGAUAUACGAUGGCAAACCAGUGGAGGCGUUCCGAGAUUACAGUGUCGAUGAAAACGACUCAAUCAAGGAAAGGGUACGGAGGACUUACUAUGAGAUGCACAGUAAGAUGAACGUAGACUUUGUUAAAGGACGUAUGGAUGACUGGUUAAAGUUUGAUCACUUUAAAAUGAACGUGAAGGACGCUCUGAUCAAGCUUAACGAGUUGGUAGACGAGUCGGACCCCGACACAGAUCUGCCCAACAUUGUGCACGCCUUCCAGACCGCCGAGAGGAUCAGGGAAGAUCAUCCCGAUGAAGAUUGGUUCCAACUAAUAGGACUUAUUCAUGACCUUGGAAAGGUUAUGGCGUUCUACGGUGAGCCACAGUGGUGCGUGGUUGGAGACACAUUCCCGGUGGGCUGCAAGUGGGGCAAAAGCAUUGUUUACGGAGAUGACAGCUUUAAAGAUAACCCAGAUACUUACAACCCUAAGUACAACACGGAAUUCGGCAUGUACAAACCCAACUGUGGGCUUGAAAAUCUACUGAUGUCUUGGGGACACGAUGAGUACUUAUACAGAGUGCUUGUACACAACAAUUCUAAGUUCCCUAAAAAAGGCCUCUACAUGAUCAGAUAUCACUCAUUCUACCCGUGGCAUGCGGGUGGUGAUUACAAACACCUGCUCAAAGAUGGAGACGAUGAGAUCCUUAAGCACGUACUUGAAUUUAACAAGUACGACUUGUACACGAAGAGCGCUGGUAUCCCCGACAUCGAAACUCUAUGGCCUUACUAUGAGAAACUCAUAGACAAAUAUAUCCCUGGAGUGUUAGAGUGGUAG